AAUUGAAAAAUAAAUUAUUAUUUACUUUUAUUUUGUUUUUUUUUUAAAUAUUUUUCUGGGAACAGCUGCAAAGUAAAGCUCCAAUCUUUCCCAACCAGAUUUUGAUUUUUUUUGUCCUUUGAUUUUCCUUUUCACCGCGUGGGUUUCUUUGUAGGUGGAGAACCCUACAAAGAUCCAAAGCAGAAAUAUUUCCACGCAAUGCUGCGCGAGAUCUGUCUUAUUACACGACUUCUCCCCUGUCUCUGCUCAAUGCCGUUCUGAGCCCGUCUAAUUUUCGCCCAUCAGGCAGGCAAUGCAUCUGAGACCGGGUAUCUUUUCUAAUUGAUUACGAUGCUUGACUGUAGUCUGUGGAAGUUCUGUUGUCGGUGAAGUUCUGAAUGUCUCCUGUGGAUUCUUCAGCUUGUUGUUUAGCUGGUGUUUGGUCUGAGCCCUCUAAAUUCGGAAACGGCAUUUUUAGUGGUGUAGGCAUGAUGUCAAUACACGAAUCUGAUUCUGCCGGUCUCAGUUAGAUGCCCUGUCUUGUGCUUUGUUCCUUCGUGUCUCUCUAAUGGAAGACAAUUCAGAUAGGUGAAUGAAUUGGUACGGGUGGAAACAUGGGAUCUAGUCUUAACAACACCUUGUCUCAGACUUACAGCGGUUUGGAGCUGUGGGAAAUCAUUGUGAUUGUUCUUGCUGUGGUAUUUGUAGUAGUUCUAGCUGUAUCACUAUGGCUUACUUUCCGAAAGAAAACCUCAAGAGCUGCUACUCAAAUCCCUCUGGCCCAGAUCCCGAGUGUCCCGGAGGAAAUUAAGGAGAUAAGGGUUGACGAGGUUUCGUCAAGCAAUGGCGAACUUCCCUCUAUUAGCGAUAAAUUCCGUGAUAAAGAACUUGAAAAGGUGGUCGUGCCAAACGCAGAGAACGGCGAUAGCAGUAGCAGGUCAGGCUCCUUCACUAAUUUGGAGAAAAAAGAUGGGCUGGGCGUGUCUUCGUCUAAUCCAUUGACGGCUCCAUCUCCUUUAUCUGGUCUGCCCGAGUUUUCUCACCUUGGAUGGGGGCAUUGGUUCACUCUGAGAGAUCUUCAAAUGGCAACAGAUCAGUUCUCGAGGGAUAAUAUAAUCGGUGAUGGAGGAUAUGGAAUAGUUUACCGUGGAACCCUUGUUAACGGAACUCCUGUGGCUGUGAAGAAGUUACUCAAUAACCUUGGGCAAGCUGACAAAGACUUCAGAGUAGAAGUCGAGGCUAUCGGUCAUGUUCGUCACAAGAACUUGGUCCGUCUUCUGGGAUAUUGCAUGGAAGGAACCCAAAGGAUGUUGGUGUAUGAGUAUGUUAACAAUGGAAAUCUUGAGCAGUGGCUCCGAGGAGACAUGCACCAUCAAGGGUAUCUUACAUGGGAGGCACGUAUAAAAAUUCUUAUCGGAACUGCCAAAGCGCUUUCGUACCUUCAUGAGGCAAUAGAGCCUAAAGUGGUGCACAGAGACAUAAAAUCUAGCAAUAUACUCAUCGACGAAAGCUUCAAUGCUAAAAUAUCUGACUUCGGCCUUGCGAAGCUUCUUGGUGCUGAUAAAAACUUCAUAACAACCAGAGUUAUGGGUACCUUCGGAUACGUUGCUCCAGAAUAUGCUAAUUCUGGCCUCCUGAAUGAGAAGAGCGAUGUGUACAGUUUCGGGGUUGUACUCUUAGAAGCUAUAACUGGAAGAUACCCUGUAGAUUAUGCUCGUCUGCCUCCUGAGGUACAUUUAGUGGAAUGGCUGAAGAUGAUGGUGCAACAGAGGCGAUCAGAAGAGGUGAUUGACCCAAACCUCGAAACAAAGCCAUCCACCAGUGCCCUGAAAAGAACACUCUUGACGGCUUUGAGAUGUGUCGAUCCCGUGGCUGACAAAAGACCGAAAAUGAGCCAAGUGGCACGUAUGCUUGAAUCCGAGGAAUACCCUAUUCCUAGAGAGGACAGGAGAAGAAGAAGGAAUCAGACAGGGACCAGAGAUUCAGAUCCUCCAAGGAACAGCACUGACACGGACAAGAGUGAUUACCACGACCCGAAGGUGAUGUAGCUUUUAAAUCAAGAACCAAAAGAUGCCACAUUCUUGGAGUAUAAAUCAUUGAAAGUUCCGAGCUUUCCGGAUCUAGGGCUUGACAUUCCUCUUUCCCGGGUUCGGAUUAUGUAAUUCUUUUACCAAUAAAGAGAGGUUUCUUUGUAUGAGUUGUGAGAAAGAUGGUUAGUUUGUGCAAUUGCCAUAUUUGUUAGGAGGAUGGGUUUUUGUACAGGUUUGCCAUGGUUGUAUUGUUGUUUUGGGUUUCUGCAUUUGCACUGUUUGUUGUUUUUGGACCGAUAAAACGCCAUUUGCAGGUUUGUAGGUUUUGAUUUUGUGAGAAACGACGUGUAAUUGCUUUGCUUGUGGAAAAAUAGUCAUGGUUUUCACACUUA